AUGUCGGGUGAAGUUUACUUCCAUUACAGUUAUAUCACCAGAGCGAAUAAAUGGACCAAAAGCGAAGCGCAGUCAAAACUCAUAUCCCAUUUCUUUAAACCAAAUAGUUUUUUUGAUAGGGAUACAAAGAAUGAGUUUUUCAUUGGCAUUAAUCCAAACGAUGGUAAAAAAUAUUUGUUGAUUUCUGAGCGAGGUUUUAGAGAAAUCCGAACCGAUUUGGAAGCGCAUCUAUCAACAAAACUCUCUUUCUUUCCGGAGGCGCAAGAUAUUGUAUACACCGAUUUAGAAGCAUUCUACAUUGAAAAUGCGGUGGAUUAUGAUAAAAUCGAAAAAGAUAUAAAAAAAUUCAACAAAGAGGCAGUCACCAAAGCCAAACUCUUGAAUAAUCUUAAAGAACUAGCGAGGGCGCGACAAAUGUACGAAGAGAAAGUAUAUUAUUUCGUGGCGAUUGACGUGGAAAGUUAUGAAAAGGAUCAUUCAUGCCUUCUCGAGGUGGGAUGGAGUAUAUAUGAUUCGCGAAAAGAUAUUUUUAUGGAUCGUCAUUUUUGCGUGAAAGAAUAUCGUCACUUAAAGAAUGGACAAUAUCUGGCGGAUAUGAAAGAUCGUUUCAUGUUUGGAAAAACUGUUUGGGCAAGUUUGGCAGAGAUUUCAGAAGAAUUUCUGAGGGAUAUUACACCGGAUGAUGAAAGUGAUGAUAAGGUUACGGUGCUUGUUGGACAUGAUGUCAAUAUUGAUGUGAAGUACUUUGAAGGUAUGGGUAAGCAUAUGAAGAAUGCGCUUGAAAAUCUAGUGAAAUUUGAUACUGCUAUAAUGUAUGCCGCAAGAGAAGGAAAGGCACACGAUAGAGUUAGUCUGGGUAAUUUGGCAGAUGCAUUGAAUGUUGAGAAUUAUUGUUUGCAUAAUGCAGGAAACGAUGCACAUUUCACUUUAUUAUCAUUCAUAGAACUAUGCAAACUUCCAGUUCCACAAAUCAUUACGACCAAAGUAGUAGCAUCAUCGUAA